AUGCAGUUCAAAGAAGUCUUCCCUCGUUUUCAAGAUCGAGAACCAAGCUAUACAACUCUUCCAGAUGAUGAUGAUUGGGAAAAGGUUGAAAAAGUUUCCAAGUUGCUAGAGGUAUUUAAUGUUGUUACAAAUAUUAUUUCAGGUAGUGAAUAUCCAACUGCUAACUUAUAUCUUGCUGAGGUAUUUCGAAUCAAACUAGUUUUAGAUCAAGCUAUCCAAGAUGAAUCUGAUUUUAUGAAAGAAAUGGCAAAAGCGAUGAAGGGAAAAUUUGACAAAUAUUGGAGCCAAUGUAAUCUUGUUAUGUCGCUUGCUUCUGUUUUGGACCCUAGGAUCAAAAUGAUGGGUGUUAAGAUGUGUUUUCCCUUAAUUUAUCCGGAAGUUGAAGCUAGAAAAAAUAUAGAAAAUGUGUGUAUCGCGCUUGAUGAUAUGUACAAAGAGUAUGUUGAUAUACUUAGUGAGCAUAGUGAAGAAGGAUCUAGUAGAAGUGGUGUUGAUCAAAAUGGGCUUAUUUUGGAGUCACAAAAAUCCUCAGGGUGGUCAUUGUUAAUGAAUUAUGUCGAAGAACAACAAGCAAUUCCUGUUGUAAAAUCUGAAAUUGAAGAGUAUUUGAAUGAGCCAACUUACAAACCUAAAGAUAAUGGCCAUAUGUCAUUUUGUGCCUUGGAAUGGUGGAAAUUGAAUUGUGGAAAAUAUAGAGUGUUGUCCCAUAUGGCAGCAAAUGUUCUUGCCAUUCCAAUAUCUACUGUGGCUUCGGAGUCAACCUUUAGCGCCGGAGGGAGAGUUAUCGAAUCAUUUCGAGCUUUUUUAAGUUCAUCUACUGUCGAAGCUUUAAUUUGUGGUGGUGGAGCAAGUGCAAAUAGAAAUUACAUUACUCCCUUGAUGAUAAAUAGAGAGCUAUCAAUGCAGGUUAUCCUUUCCUUACUAGCUAUGACAGUAAAUCAGUUGACAGUUGGUGUAAUGAAGAUUGAAGUUGAAUAA